GCGCAAUACCUACCGACUCUGGCUGUCAGAGAAGAAUAUUUUUGAUUGUAAGGGUACGGUUUGAAUCUUAGACCAUCUUGCUUCUAGUAUUAUCUGAUAUGUUUUUACUAACCACUAUUUGUAGUAUAGAUAAUUACUUUAGUGAUUUAUGAGUUUACUGUACGAAAUAAAUUUCGGAUGAAAUAAUUUAGCGAUAUCAAAUGCAGAUCAAUUUAAGUUGUACAAAUUAAUUUGAUACUGGCAAAUUGUGGAUGUUUGAUAACUUAUGAAGUUGUUUUACAAUAUUUCUUACAUGUUAUAUACUCUAAAUUAUACUUCUAUAUAGGAAAAUCUCUGUUUGCUUCCAAUACCGAUGGUAGCUAUAGUUGCUGCUUCCCAGAUUGUAGCCCGAAUUACCUCGUUAUUCUGUUUUCUUUAGCUAUUAGAUUUUGAUGUAAGUUUAUGCACAGGUUCCUGUGGACAUGAUCAUAUCCACUCCCCUCAGUUUUCCAAAACAAUACUACAGUACUUAUAGAAUAACUACAACCAUUUUCAUAGAAUAACUACAACCAUUUUCAUUUAAUUACUUGUUUAAACUAUCCAUAUUCAUCUUUAAACGUAAAAGAAGAGCCAGUAUUUUGCCCGAUUGAGAUAUUUAUGAAUAUACUUUUAUACUAACAAUAAGGUUGGCAACAUGGAAAAUUACUCUAGAUAACCCCUUUGAAACUCAAAUAGAUCACGAAUAGAUCAAAACUCGUAAUGUAUUGAUAUAUCUUAUGCACCAUGAUACUGACCAUCACUUCUAAGAGCUAAUAAUUCAACAUCUCAAAGUAGGCAUAAAUUAGGGCUAUCUCCACAGAAGUGAAUUCGGGUGUGCCUUCCUCCUCCAACAUCGGUUAACAGCAUUUAUUUUCUACAAUGUGGAUAUGAUAACCAUACCCAUUCAAUAUUCGGAGGAAAAUAGCGUCAAAAUAAAACAAAUUGGAAAUAUUCUAUCAUGUCAACAAAUAGCAUUUAAGAUUAACAUAUAAUUAUAUUUUAAAGCUUAAACAAAUAAGCAAAUAGUCAUGCCAUUUUAUUGACCUUUAUAUUUAUUACCAUGUGUAAAGAAAUUGGUUCACUCAAACAAGGUUUCAUACAACACAAAUUCUGAGCCUCUAAUUGCAAUGUCAUGGCAGUUUGUUACUGGACAUUUUUUAACCUUAAAAUUGGGAAAAAGUAAUAGUAUUUUGGCAUUUGGAAUGGUGCCAAUUCUAUUUUAAGGAAGAAAAGUGAAGGUGAAUUGGUGGUUAGUACAAAGUCGUGGUAUUUUGUUUCAUUUAAUGUUUCAUGUUUCGAGGAGUGCAUAUCUAGUGUAUUCUUUAACCACAUUUGAACAGAAGAUCUUGUGGAUGUAACCAUGGCCUCGGCUACUGUUGAACAAAAUUCUGGUAACCAUGCCAACUCAACGGAUAUGAAAGCUGGAGAUCUAGCUGGAUGGAAGGCAAAGCUUAAUCUCCCACCAAAGGACUUGAGAGUCAAAACCACUGAUGUCACAAACACCAAAGGUAACGAGUUUGAAGAUUUCUGUUUAAAACGAGAGCUUCUGAUGGGGAUAUUUGAGAAGGGCUGGGAGAAGCCUUCUCCAAUUCAGGAGGCCAGCAUUCCUAUUGCUUUAACAGGAAGAGACGUUCUAGCCCGUGCUAAAAAUGGUACAGGAAAGACUGGAGCCUAUACAAUUCCAAUUCUGGAAAAGGCGGACCCCAGCAGAGAUGAAGUUCAGUCUCUUGUUAUUGUGCCAACAAGAGAGUUAGCCCUCCAAACCAGUCAGAUCUGUAUUGAGAUCUGCAAACACUUAGGGCUGAAGGUUAUGGUGACAACGGGAGGAACAAAUCUAAAGGAUGAUAUCAUGAGGCUGUAUGACCCAGUACAUGUGAUUAUUGCCACUCCUGGAAGAAUCCUGGACCUGAUGAACAAGAAUCUAGUCAAAAUUGGUAAAUGUGGGAUGCUUGUCCUGGAUGAGGCUGAUAAACUGCUGUCUCAAGACUUCAAAGGAAUGCUAGACCACAUCAUUGCUCAUCUUCCCCACGAUCGGCAGAUCCUUUUAUAUUCUGCUACUUUUCCUUUGACUGUUGAGCAAUUUAUGAGGAAGUAUCUGAAUAACCCAUACGAGAUCAACUUGAUGGACGAAUUGACUCUGAAGGGAGUAACUCAGUAUUAUGCCUUUGUACAGGAAAAACAAAAGGUCCACUGUCUCAACACUUUAUUCUCUAAGUUGCAAAUUAACCAGUCCAUCAUCUUUUGUAACUCCACACAAAGAGUAGAACUUCUGGCCAAGAAAAUUACUGAGCUGGGUUACUCCUGUUUCUACAUUCAUGCUAAAAUGAACCAGCAGCACAGAAAUCGAGUGUUCCAUGACUUCAGACAGGGACUGUGCAGGAACCUUGUGUGUUCAGAUCUUUUUACCAGAGGUAUAGACAUUCAGGCAGUAAAUGUCGUCAUCAACUUUGACUUCCCCAAACAUGCCGAGACAUAUCUCCACAGAAUUGGUCGAUCAGGGCGAUUUGGACACCUGGGAGUUGCCAUUAAUCUCAUUACUUAUGAUGACAGGUUUUCGUUGCACAAGAUUGAAAGUGAAUUGGGAACAGAGAUUAAACCCAUUCCAAAGAACAUUGACAAGUCCCUUUACGUGGCAGAAUUUCAUAUGGUGAACGAUAUUAUGGAGGAAAGGGAUCCCAACACACAACCGAGUGGACGCUAGAGUGUGUUCCACUUUAUCAUUGCAGCAUUGGUUUUCAUAUUUUGCAUCACAACAUGCUGAAACCACUUGUAUACUAAAAAACUUUCAUUUGUAAGCCUUGAAGAACAACAUAUCAACUGAACAUUGUCAAGGAAGAUCAGCAUGUAAUCUUCAUUUCUCAUCAUAAAUGGCAUUAUUAUUUGGAGGUAAAAGUGCACCAGGGGAGACAACUUGUGUUAAUGUUAGUUCACCAGGUUUUAUCACAUUGUGAGUGGGGUUGAAAUAAUUUGGUGACUAGAAGUAGAUUUUUGGUCAAUGCAUUGUAAAUCUGUAAAUGUUAAAGGAAGGGAAGAGAGUAACAAUUGAUGAUGGAGUGAGAAAACUCUUUUCAUUCAGGUUUGUUUUUGGUUCUGAAUGAAGUAGACAUAGGACACCAUUCAGAAUAAAUACACUAAUGCAAAAGUACUAAACAAAUACUGAUGAAAAUGUGCAAAGCUUGAUGAUUUUAUGGUGAGUGGUUGUCAAGUUUCAAGAGUUUUAUAGGAAUUAAAAGCGUAACAGAAAGAUUAAUGUGGUAGAGGAAGUCGGUGUUCAUGAAAGCCCUUGAUGAAUGGGGUUUUAUCCAUUGUCAAUCUUCUGCUCUCUUCCCUAAGAGUUUAAUAUAUUUUUGGUGCAGAUGACUGUACAGAAACAGCAUAAUGAAGUCUGCACACAAGAUUCAGCUAUUUAUUUUUGUUGAUCUCAGUGCUGUUGGAAGCAUGUAUCUGUUUAGCUAGGCAUAUUCUCUGUAUUUACAAAUUCUUUCAGAGAAUUUUAUAGUGAAGAAAUUUGCCAUUUCAUCUAAGCAUGCAGAGACAGUAUUAAAUGCCAUGCUAAGUUUAAAUUAAGUUUGUUGCAUUCAUGGAGAGAUGUAACUGAGCAUUGUCUUUGUAUGUUAAUGGAAGAUUUAAAAAAAAAAAAAAAACUUGAUGAAUUUUUUAACCCAGUAGGAAGAUUAGAGGACAAUCUGAUUUCAAAGCUAGCGGUUACAGAUACAGGCUUCCAUCGUAAACAUGUGUACAUUAUUUAUAUUCAUUGUCAUGAUAAUUGUGGUGUCACAAAGUGACAAAUUCAGACCCCGAAUCAAAAGCAGCCUGCACUUCAGCAGUAUUUCAUUGUACAGAUGUCCUUCCAUUUGUGUAGAUUUAAGAUGUUAAUGGUGGGCAAAUUCCUCACCUCAGCAAAAAAAUAUAGAAACUGGUCUUCAGAGUCCUUGUACAUAAGACUGAGCUUGGCUCCUGGUGAGCCGGGCCAAAAAUGUUGAUUGUUUGCAUUGACAGAGUGCUUCAAUGUGCGUUAAGUAGGCUGGACAAGGUUGUAUGUGUAAACUAGUCAAAUUUUGUAUCUGAAAUCCAAUAUCACCACAGUAAUAGACAUUUUGUAUCUUGUAACAGGGAUGUGCAAUUUUUGUUCUCAUAGUGAAAAGUGUGUUCCUACUGCAAGACUAGUGUCCUGUCCGUCUAGAGAGAGUUCUGAUACGUUAAACUGAUGGGGGUAUUUUUUUUUUUACAAACAAAAAGUUUCUGCUACCUGUAUGCAUAUUGAAGACAUGGUCUUGUUGUUUGAGCACAUUUCAUUAGAUCAGCAAUGAUAUGAUUUACAUGAAUAUGCCAAUGGAUAAAACAUUGCUGUGUGAGCACAUGUAACUGGAUCAGCAGGCCGUUACGUUUACAUGUUAAUUCCAAUAGGAAAAGCCUUCCAGUCCAAAUUGUUCAUGUCCAAAACCUUCUGAUGACUGGAUAUUUGUUUUUAUACAAAAAGAAGUGUUAGGAAGAAAGAACAGCAGGAGCACCAGUCUAUUCUGUAUCAGAUGAUCUCAGGGUUUAACUGUUAACUGUCAACGAGCGAUUGCUGUGUGUAUGUUUGUGCUAAAGUGUGCGAGUGUUGUGAUCAUUUGUGCCUUAAACUUUUCUCUGCAUGACAUCUGCAGUCAAACUGGGCUUUGACACAAAGGCUUGGAACAAGGGAGCUGUGGCACCACAUCAGAUAAAAAAUUUGACAUGUUUGUACAUGUUGUAAAGACAAUUUAUGUAACAAUGUGCUCAAAUCGUGAGUAAAUACUUUAUAUUUCUGGAGUUGAUGCAUGCAGAGAAUUUAGCAACAAAAUUUAUUGGAAGGUGAUUAAAGACGUUGUGUUUGUUCUACACUGUGUGAGAGGGGAAAAAUUGAUGGUUUCAACAAAAUAGGAAGAAAAGAGACUUCUAUGAUAUUUUGUGUCCACGGAUUAUUGCACCUUCCUGAGAUUGUGUUCCAGACAAGUGUAAAUUCCAAUAAGGCAAGCAUCGUAUCCCUAGUGACCUCUCGUACCAGAUAGAGACUGGUCUGAAAAGGCAGCUUUCUUAUAAUGCCAGAGAUUUUCAAUCUCCUCAACAGGAAUAACCUAACACCGAGGAAAGGAAGCAUCUGACCAGCCCUGAAGCUGGACCAUUCUAUAAUGCCAAAAGACGACUGCGUUUUUGUUUUCUUCGUUGACUGUGCUAUGUUGAGUUCCAUUUGUGUGUCUGUUACAAUCUUUGUAAUUUACGUGCUACCUGUAUUAUUUUUGUUGGGAGGGGGGUGGAGGUAAGGGGUAUUUGUAAUGGGAGAAUUAGUUACUUUUUUUAUUGAAAUUUUUUUUACGUUGAGGUGCAUAAAUUUAUUUAAACUGUUUUAAAAUUUGUAUCAAGUUGUAAACAAUUGGGGUAAAUUCUGUAGGUAAAUGAAUAAGUUUAAUGGAAUUAUUUUUGCAGAAGUCAACUGUUUCAAGGAGGUUUCAACUAUGCUACAUUCCUUCGAUUUUAUACUGACCAAGGUUCUUUAUAAUGACAAAUUUGCAAUAUUUAUUUAUGUAUUAGUAUUUUUGUGACCUUUGCUAACUUCAGAAAUUUUAUUUGAAGGUCACAUAAUUGACAAGUGACAGAAUUGGGCAAAGAAAUGUUGAAUUUAAUCAUUGAUUAGUUGUUGAUUUUUGUUUUAUGUUUAUGUCACUUUGGUUCUUGUUUCUGAAUUAUGAAUAUUAUAAACAAAAUUGUGCAAAAGGAAAAGUUGUAAAAACAGGAACCAAGAUGAAAGAAUAUUUUUUUCCUGGUGUGUGUUCUUUAGUAAAUGAUUUGUGAAUGCAAUUUGCUAAAAACUACUUAUUCACAGAAUUGAAGUAAACGAGUAUAUCAAAUGGAAUGACCCAGGAAAAAAAUAAUUCUUUGGUAAAUUUGAACUCUUCAAAUUAAAAUGUGGGACUUGAUGACUAAAAUUAAAAGAAGGACAUGCUUUGGAGCUGAGCAAAAUUUUGGCUUUUAUCAGCAAAAUUAAUAGGGUUGGGGAAAUUUGAGAUGGGAAGGGAUAUUCUAUUUGGAGUAGAUUUGGGGUUAUUUUAAAGUUAAAUUUUAUUGGAUAUAUCUUUCGAAUUCUGAUGUAAAUUAACGUCCCACUUUUGCUCAGACAUGUCCUUAGAAAUGCAAUGGGGCAGAGAAUAAACUUCCAACUGGCAUGACAAUUAGACAUUCUGUGAACGACACUCAACAAGAAUGCUGUUUCAAAUUUUUAUGCAUGUUCGCAAUGUUCUUCCAGAACAAUUUUGAAUACAAUAAUUACAAUAGAAAAUGUUCAUAAACAACAUAAGAUUUUGUGGAUCUUCAGAGUAUACAAUGGUUUGAAUGAUAUAAAGAGCGAAAAAAAGAAAGAAAAGAUUACAAAAAUAAAAUUCUGAAAAUUUA